UGGCGGCCAGGUGAGGCGCGGGGGAGGCGAGGGCGAGCCGCCCGCCUUCCUUGGCUGCCCGUCCAGGAAGGAAGGGAAAGAAGGAAGGAAGGAAGGAAAGGAAGAAAGAAAGAAAGAGAGACAAAAGAAAAGAAAAGCAGAUUCGGUUGCCACCACAGACGGAGAGAAACUCUUUGCGCGGAUCGCAGCUGCCCCCCCACCCCGCCCCUGCCCCUGAUGGCACCAGACGACGGGACCGAAUGGCUGCUGCAGCUGCUGAGCGAAAUCCAACUGGAGCAGUUUUACACCAGGAUCCGCGAUGAGCUUCACGUCACGCGCCCCAGCCAUUUUGACUACGUCAAGCCCCUCGACCUGGACCGCAUCGGCCUGGGGCGCCCAGGUCAGCGGCGGCUCGAAGAGGCCUUGAAACGGCGGAAGGGUCAAAGCCAGCGCCCCAAGUCCUGGGUCUAUAAGAUGUUCACAGGGGCGCGAAGCCCAGAAAACGAAGAGACCCCCAACUCCCAGCCCCCGGUCCCUCCCCGGCUGGAGACGGACGCCUCCCUCAAAUGCUUGAUCAGCGAGUGGGACCUUCACCUCUGCGAGCGGCUGGGCGACGGAUGCUUCGGGGUGGUGCACCGGGCCGAGUGGCGCGCGCCUGGCGGGGCCUUGAUCCCGGUGGCCGUCAAGACGCUGCGUUCGGAUGUCUCCUCCGACCCGGGGGCCCUGAUUGACUUCCUCAAUGAGGUCAACGCCAUGUGCUGCCUGGAUCACCCCCAUCUCCUCCGCCUCCACGGCGUGGUGCUCACCCAGCCCCUCAAGAUGGUCACGGAAUUGGCCGCGCUGGGUUCGCUCUACGACCGGCUCGAGCCGCCCUUCCCUCUGCACCAGCUCUGGAGCUACGCCGUGCAGGUGGCGGGGGCCAUGGCUUACCUGGAGUCCAAGCUCUUCGUCCACCGGGAUCUGGCCGCCCGUAACAUCCUCCUGGUCUCCGAGGACCACGCCAAGAUUGGCGAUUUCGGCCUGAUGCGCCCGCUGUCCAGCAAGAGUGACCGCUACGUCAUGUCCGCUCACCGGCGCAUCCCGUUUGCCUGGUGCGCCCCCGAGAGCCUGCGCCUGGGCAUCUUCACCAGCGCGUCGGACGUCUGGAUGUUCGGGGUGACCCUCUGGGAGAUGUUCUCCUACUGCGAGGAGCCCUGGGUGGGCUUGACCGGCAGGCAGAUCAUGAUCAAAAUCGACCGAGAAGGAGGCCGCUUAGAAAGGACCGACGAUUGCCCCAAGAGCAUCUACAACCUGGCACUGAAAUGCUGGGCUCACAACCCCGACGAAAGGCCCAAAUUCCGGGAAAUUAUCCACCUAUUGCAGGAGAUCAUGAUCAAAAUCGACCGAGAAGGAGGCCGCUUAGAAAGGACCGACGAUUGCCCCAAGAGCAUCUACAACCUGGCACUGAAAUGCUGGGCUCACAACCCCGACGAAAGGCCCAAAUUCCGGGAAAUUAUCCACCUAUUGCAGGAGCUCCGUCCCAAAGAGAUGACGGCCAACCGCGGGUUCGGGGAGCCCGGCUGGCUGAGGCUGGAAGCGAACGACCCGGUCACUAUUAUCGAAAGCGGCCCCGAAUCCUCCACCUGGCGGGGGCAGAACAAGCGGACUCUCAAAGUUGGCAUCUUCCCGUCUUCCGUCGUGGGAGCAGUCGAGGAAGGAGCGCCCCCUGUUGGAGCCCCGCGGAUCAGCCACCCCAUCCGAAGUUCCUUCCUUCACCUGAGUCACGGGGAUAUCGACCCUGAGCGGGGAUGGGGGUCUCCAGACCAGAAGGAGGAAAAAAAGCCGAAACCGCACGGCGGGAAUCUGGGUCCCAGCAAGAACAAGCAGCUACAGCAACUAGCCCGCCUCUCCAAAAGCUUGGAGUCCAUUUCCGAGUGGUCUAUUCUGCGCCACAAGCCGAGAUUCCCCCCCUUCCGGACGGACGGGCCCGGUCGGACCCCCCAGCGGCGCUUCAGCGACCUCCCCACCCCCCUCCCGUCGCCCCCCCAGCCGGACAGCCGCAGCGCCAAACCCACCGCCCGCAUCCCGAACCCGGCUCUGCCUUCCUGGGCGCUGCCCAAGCCGGAAGCCGCGGGGGCCAAAGAGAAAGACCAGCGGAUGGGCCGGAUGGGCCCCAAAGGCGCCGGGGGGCCACACCCUCCCGGCGGGCAGAGGCUGACCAUGGGGGAGAUCGAGAAGAAGAUCAAAGAGGUGGAAGAGCGGGUGCACGGAGUGACCACUGAGGAGUGUCUGGAGGCCCUGCGGAUGAACGCCUGGGAGGUCCCCAAAACCGUCCAGUUGCUGAAGGUCCACCAGCUCUUCAACCUGAGCUCUCUGUCAUGGGACGAAUGCCGUCGGAUCCUGGAGAAGCACCGCUGGAACCUGGCCAUGGCCUCCCGUUACGUCCUCAGCCGGGGGCUCCGGACCUGAGCAGGAACCUGGGGAGUGGAGGGGGGCCCCCAAGGCCCAUCCUGAAGGGCCCAGGAUCCCCACUCACCUGUGCCAGUGGGCAGGAAAGCACACCUGGCCUUCCCCAGCGCCCUCCAUGGUCUCCUGGCCGAUUGUCCAGCCACUUAUGACGAUGGCCACACGGAGGGGGCAGCCCAAACGCAAACCAGCCACCCCCCCCUCCUCUUCCUUUUGGCCAGAGAGACUCCGAAGACGAUGGUCCAGUUGACCAGCCUGCGAAUGCAGCCCUCCUCUGAACCUCAGGACACAAGGUCCUAGUCCUCUUUGAGGAGGGCCACCUCAACUGGGCGUUUUCUAACUCCCAAAGAUCUGCAGGUUUCCUUAUUUAUAAGCACGGCUAGCUUGGACUCUUUAGAUUUAUUUCUCCUGCAUGAACGCUCGCUGUAUUUGGGGAGGGGCAGAGGGGGGGAAGGCAAAGCCCCCUCCCCAAAUGCCCAUGUGCCCGAAGGGGUGGGGGCUCUUGGAUGGAAGGGCCUCUCUGAUGUAAAUAUGGGGUCAUCGGACAAUAAAGGUGAGCAUCUGUUAGUGCGCUCCUGGGGUGUCUCUAAAAGAGGAGGAUGAGGAAGAGGGGAAGAGAGGGAAGUGGAGGUGAACUUGUGAGGAAGAGAAGGGGGAGGGGGAGGGGAAGGAGAAAGAAGAGGAAGAGAAAGAGAAAGAAGAGGAAGGGAAGAAGAGAAAGGAGGAAGAGGAAGGAGGAGAAGAGACAAGGGGAAGAGGAAAGGAAGGAGAAACAAGAGAAGGAGAAGAGAUGAGGGGAAGAGGAGGCAAAGGAGGAGGGGGAGGAAGAGAGGAGGGAAGAGAAGGAGGAAAGGAGGAGGAGGAAGGGAAGGAAAGGAGGGGAAGAGAUGAGGAAGAGGAAGGGAAGCAGGGGAUAGGGAAGAGGAAGAGAAGAGGUGAGGAGGAACGGGAGGGGAAGGGAAGAAGAGGAAGAGAAGGAGAAGAGGAGGAAGGGAAGGAGGAGAAAAGGAGGAGGAGAAAGGGAAGUGGGAAGAGGAGGAGGAAAGGAAGAGAUGAGGAAGAGGGAGGGAAGCGGGGAAGGGAAGAGGAAG